UAGGUAACCACGAUCUUGGCAACAAAGCUGUUCGCGUUGAGAGCGUGCUCUAUCACAGUCCUCUCUCAACCUCCCUACUCCGAUAUUCUAUUUUCUGCCUCGGUUAAUAAAGGAAGAGUGUCUCCUGAACAUAUAGGCGUUCUCCCGGCCGAGAUCAUUGACAAGCUUCUGCCGAACGCUACGUCGGGCUUUACUGUUCGGAUUGGAAAGGCGAGCAUUGUAGGGUUUGCUGAGUGAUAGGUCGAGCCGCCAAUGAAGCAGUGAGAGGGCGGGACUGGGGCUGAGAAUGUGAAUGAGUGAGCUGUGGGUUGAGCUCGCAUUCAGCUGGUCCUUGAGUUGCUUGCAACAUGGCUGAGAACAAGGAAGAAGUUAAGUACUACCGGCUGGAAGAACUGAAGCGGCAUAGCAGCGGUAACAGUGCCUGGAUCCAUAUUCACGAUAAAAUCUACGAUGUGACCAAGUUCUUGGAGGAGCAUCCUGGUGGUGAAGAAGUACUCCGAGAGCAAGCAGGAGGUGAUGCAUCAGAAGCUUUUGAUGACGUUGGACAUUCUACUGAUGCACGAGAGAUGACAAAAAAAUACUUCAUUGGAGAACUUCAUCCUGAUGAUAGAGGAGCUUUUGUGAAGCCACCGGAGCCAAAUGUUGUCUUAGUGGAGUCUGAACAAAGUUGGUGGUCCAAUUGGAUAAUCCCAGCAGCAGCUGGCUUGACUGUGGCUCUCCUAUACCGCUAUUUUGCAAUGGAUCAUUGAACAUUCUGUGGAAGAGAUGAUGGAACUAUUUCAUGUCAAUUUCAACCAAUUGCAAAUUAAUUAUCACAGAAAAUAAAUUUGACAAUUAUGUUACUUGCAUUGAA